AAGGAGCGAGCGGAACUAGAAGGCGGCUACGCUAACAGCUGGUUAGCAGCUGAAACUACACAUUAGCAUUGAUGCUAACGUAAAACGACGCUGUUUGACUGAUUAAUGCGAUAAUUACACACUUUCAGGGCGAAUUACUGAGACGGUUUACUGACGACUUGUUAGCCGCGCUGCCAGCAGCAGCAGCAGCAGCAGCAGCAGCUGUCACUAACACAGGGCUCCUCGUUAGCAACCCGCACAGUUUCACCGCAAACAGCGUCAGUUCAGAGGCAGUUACUAUGGAAACCAACGCGCCGAAGAGGAGAGACAACAAGAAGUCUCUGCGGGUGAAAGUCAUCAGCCUCGGAAACGCAGAGGUCGGGAAGAGCUGCAUUAUCAAACGCUACUGCGAGAAGAGGUUCGUUCCCAAGUACUUGGCCACUAUUGGCAUCGACUACGGCGUCACCAAAGUGCAGGUACGUGAUCGAGAAAUCAAAGUGAACAUCUUCGACAUGGCUGGUCAUCCUUUCUUCUACGAGGUGCGUAACGAGUUCUACAAGGACAGUCAGGGGGUGCUGCUGGUCUACGACGUCGGCCUCAGGGAGAGUUUCGACGCCCUCGACAGCUGGCUGGGGGAGAUGAAACAGGAAAUGGGCUCUCAGGCCAACAUGGACAGCAUCGUGUUCGUCGUCUGCGCCAACAAGGUCGACCUGACGAAGCGCCGCGUGGUGGACGAGGGCGAGGGCCGUCUGUGGGCGGAGUCCAGAGGGUUUCAUUACUUCGAAACGUCGGCACAGAGCGGGGAGGGCAUCAACGAGAUGUUCCAGGGUUCUUCUGGUCCCAAAAUCACGCCAUGUGUAGAAGAACAGGCGGGAAGGCCGCGGUGUCGAGGUCAAGCGUCGGCCCAUUCCAAAAGAGCAGGCGAACACAUCCGGAGCAUUCGAAACAGGCAAGGAUCCUGGAGCCAGCACGUCUGUAACCUGAUUGGAUUAGCCGUCAACCUGCCUGUGACCUGGGCCAACGCCAUGUGUUCAGGCCAACUGUCCCACUGA